AUGGAGCCAGAUGACACUCAGGUGUCAGUGUGGGUCUGUCGGGAGGAGAAACUGGUGUUCGGCUUGUCGAAGCGCACAUCCUGCGCGGAUGUUGUCAAAGCGCUCCUGGAGGACCAGAACUCCCCGCACGGCCUCUCCACUGCACAGGCCUACUGCAUCGUGGAGAAAUGGAGGGGCUUCGAGAGGACUUUACCGAACAAAACCAAGAUCCUGCGGCUGUGGGCGGCGUGGGGAGAGGAGCAGAGGAACGUCAAGUUUGUCCUGGUGAAGAGCGAGGCGUCCCUGGCGAAGCCGGGAGCCCGCAGCGCCGAGGCGCGCGUGGUGCUCAGCAAACAGAACCCCUGCGUGACUAAAGAGAGCGCGUGGUCCCCCAUGGGUCACAUCCCACCCGAGAAACAGCGCCGGAUCGUGAGGAAAGCCUUCAGAAAGUUGGAGAAGAUGAACAAAAAGAGGGCGCGCGCCGCGCACAGAGACCCGUCCUGCGCGGAGAAGAUGGAAACUUUGGUGCAUCUCGUGGUUUCCCAGGACCACACCAUCCGGCAGCAGGUGCAGAGGAUUACAGAGCUGGACGCGGAGAUCGAGAGGUGCGAGGCAAAGGUGCAUUUUGACAGAAUCAAGAGACACGGGGUUAAUUAUGUGCAGGACACGUAUCUGGUGGACGCAGCUUCCGGGACCCUCCAGGAGGGAGACCCGCCGCCUUCCACCGAGUCCUGCGUAAAGUUUGAAGACUAUGUCCUGCAGUGUGAGGAGCUGGCCGGACUGCAGGAGGAGCUGAGGGAGCAGGAGGAUCUGGCGGACCUGCUCACGGCGCAGAUCCAGGAGGAACUGAAUCGCCGCUGGAUGCAGCGGAGGGACGAGGAGCUGCAGGGCAACGAGUCCGAGCGCGGCGAGCUGCUUUUGGAGGAGGAGAGGAUCAAAACGCAGCUGGAUGCGAGUUUGUACAUCGGUCUGCGCCUCAACGCGGAUUUAGAGGCUAUUAGGAGCGAUUUAGAGCUGACCCAGCAGAUUUGCGGGGCGAGAGAAAAGGAGAUGAGGGAUUUGCUGGAGGAAGUCAACACUUUGGGCAUAGAGGACGGGACGGGCAGCGAGCAGAGAUGUCCCCGCGGUGCAGAUGAUCAGAUGGGGGUGAUUAACACCCUGGAGGCGAAAAGCGAGUGGAUGGAGCAGGCCAGGGGUCUGGCCAAAGCUCACAGUGCGAACGACGACGACUCAGACACUGGGUUAAGCUCCCUGCACAGCCAGGACUCAGACAGCCUGCCUGUGUGGGAGUCACUGGUUUAGAG